UCUUUCCGCAUUAUCCAUUAUCUUGUAUCGUGGAGGAUGGCUGUGGUUCUGUGAACCUCAAUGUUUCGGCAUGAUCUUUGCAAGCAAAAUCAAAAACAAUAUAAGUGAAAACCCCACAUUUGUUUUUGCAUUAUUUUAGUAUUGAAUUCAGUUGUAUAUCAAAUGGGGAGCGGUAUUAUGAUGUGUUGUAAUGGAGUAAUAUUUUCCCGCCAUCCUCGGAUAGUAAGCGCUGCAUUUGAGAAUCCAAUUAGUGGAGGAGGAGGGGAUGGCGGGCUGAGCUCGAGGUGGAAAGGUUUGGACCAAUUGGACAAGGAAUUGAGCAAGGGAGAUGAGAGGGCAGCAUUGAAUCUUGUUAAGGAUUUACAGGGCAAGCCCGGUUGUCUCCGAUGCUUUGGCGCCGCUCGCCAGAUACCUCAGAGGCUUUACACUUUGGAUGAGCUGAGACUGAAUGGAAUAGAAACUGCAUCUCUUCUAGCACCAGUAGAUUCUACACUGGGUUCUAUAGAGAGAAACUUGCAGAUUGCUGUUCUCUUGGGAGGAGUAGCUGCGUGGAACGUGUUUGGAUUAAGUCCACAACAAAUCCUAUUUUCCUCCCUUGGAUUGUUGUUGCUGUGGACCUUAGAUGCGGUGUCUUUCAAUGGAGGAGUCAGUUUCUUGGUUCUUGAUACAAUAGGCCAUUCGAUCAGCCAAAAGUACCAUAAUAGGGUUGUCCAACAUGAGGCUGGACAUUUCUUGAUUGCUUACUUGCUUGGAAUCCUGCCGAGGGGAUAUACACUAACCAGCUUGGAAGCUUUGAAGAAGGAAGGAUCGCUCAAUGUUCAAGCUGGCACUGCUUUUGUGGAUUUUGAGUUUCUUGAGGAAGAGAUAUGCUGCAUUCUUGAAGCUGACUUGAUAUAUUUUGAUGAAGGCUCUUUUCUUCUAAUGCAGGUAAGCCAAGAGAAAGUAUCUGCGACGACGCUGAACAGAUUUGCAUGUAUAGCACUAGCAGGUGUGGCAACGGAGUAUCUUCUUUUUGGUUAUGGAGAGGGAGGUCUUGCAGACAUCAACACGUUGGAUAGGUUACUUAAGAGCCUGGGUUUCACCCAGAAAAAGGCUGAUUCUCAAGUAAGAUGGGCCGUACUGAAUACCAUCCUAAUUUUGCGUCGUCAUGAAAAAACCCGAGCGAUGCUUGCAGAUGCCAUGUCCAAGGGAAGCUCCGUAGGUGCUUGUAUUGACCUCAUUGAAAAAACCAUAGAUGAUGCUGAUUUAUAGAAUCAACCUCAUAAAUAUCAACUUGCCCCCAGUACUUUGUAAAUUCUUUGGAAGAUAUAAUACUAAUUCUUCUUAUUCACAUAUUUCCUCUUGAUAUUUGGUUGUGUGCAUUUUACGUUUAUAUUUUAAAACAUUAGCUUAUAUACUGUUCUGUAUUCAGAUCAUUAUGUCACAAUUGCGGUUUUUGAAGGACUCCUGGACCGUUUCGCAGUU